CCCUCCUCGGGGGGCUUUUAAAUGCAACGACCACCAAAGUCUCUGCUUCCACCACAUCGUCACGCUCCUAUGGAAGAAAUCUCCUUCUCCUCCUCAUCAGAUCCUCCUCCUCUCUUCUCUUGUUUCAUCGCUCUAUGCACUCUGAUUCUCAUCUACUCUCCUGAUGACUCCCUUCGAAUCUUUCUCUCCCCUGUUCUUCUCAUCUCCGGAGCCCUUCUCUUCUCUCUCGAACGCCUCGGAUCGACCCGAGAACCGCUUACCCGACCGGGGAAAAGUAAAGAAGGAGAAGUUAAGACCGAGGAGACAGAAGAAUCUGAUGUUUUGUUUGAUGUUUAUUCCUUGUCCGAAGCCAAACAAGAUUCCGAUAUAAGACAAGAGUUUGUGGAGUGGGAUUUGAGAGCGCCAUUGGAGGUGAUACACGAAGCCUACGAAGAAGACGAUGAUGACGAAGACGAGGAAGAGGAUCCGACCCGGUUUAGGGAACUCGAGAGGUACCCGUCGUUGUCGCUCUGUUACCCGGAAUCAGAUUCGGAUUCGUCGUCGGAGUUCACUUUUCCGGAGAUGAGUAGCUGGAUGUCGCCGGAGAAAAUGGGAUACAGAUGGGAAGAGGAGGAGGACGAUGGAGCAGCUGGUUUGAUUGAAAUAAAGCUUUACGAAGAGUAUAAGAAGAAGAAGAUGAGUAAACAGAAUCAAACAGAGAUGGAUUUUCAUGCAGAGGAAGAAGGUUUGAUCGAGAUCGAUCUUUUUCCAUGAUCAUGAGAAUUAUUUUAUAUUUAAUUUUGCUUCUAAGUUCUAUAACGACUUCAAUGUUUAAAAAAAAAAGAGUUCCAUCACGAUUUUGCGGAUCAGAGAGAAAGAAAAAUCAAACAGUA